CUCUUGAAUUGUUUAUACGAUAAACCCGUGUUCUGCAUUUCCCUUUAAUUGCACCUCUUCUUCUUUGAAGUCACCCUAUGCAUAUCCAUAUAUUGCUUCAAAGUGACACAAUUUCUUGCUUUUCAGCUGAGGAAGAAAAGAUGGAAAUUGUUUGUUCGGGUACUCCAUAUGAAAUUGGUCUUCACCAUGGCCAAAAGGCCCAGGUGCAGAUCCGGCGCUGCAUAGCAUUCUAUGUGAAUUUAUUCCGAGAGACGUCGAAAUUGGAAUGGGCAGAAGUCUGUAAGGUAGCGCUGAAGUUUCUCCCCUCCCUGGAGAGCAAAUGGCCAGAAUAUGUGGAGGAGAUACGAGGAGUAUCAAAGGGCGCAGGAUUUGACUUUCCCACGAUCCUGGCGCUCAAUGUGCGGACAGAAAUUGCAUACGGUCUUUUCAAUGAUGGUUGCACUGCACUCUCGUGGAAGACAGAUGGAGCUAAUGGAGCCAGCUUUCUUGCUCAGAAUUGGGACUGGCAGCAUGAACAAAAGGAGAACCUUGUCUCUCUACGCAUUCACCAGCCGCCAAAACCAACGAUUACCAUGAUCACUGAAGCAGGAAUUAUUGGCAAGAUUGGGUUAAAUUCGGCCGGUGUAGGUGUGACUCUGAACGCCAUCAAAGCCGCUGGUGUGGAUUAUGAUCGAUUGCCAGUACACUUGUCACUACGGAGGGUUUUGGACAGUCCGAGCCGGGAUGAGGCGGUUGCUGCGCUGGGAAAUGCAGGCGUCUCUUCUGCCUGCCAUCUUCUAGUUGCAGAUUCAAGCGGCGGUCUGGGACUCGAAUGCAGCUCAACUGAUAUUGUUGCACUUCGUAUGGAAGAUGGGAAAGUGACACAUACAAACCACUAUCUUGCGAGCCACGGCAUUGUCCAAGAUAUGCUUUGGCUGCCAGACUCACCGUUCAGAUUGGCACGCAUUAGGGAAUUGGUGGCGGAAGCGGAGGCCAAGGGAGAGGGGCCAACGACGAAGAAUCUGGGCGAAAUGUUUAAAGAUGAAAAGAACUAUCCGGGCUCAAUCUGUAGAGCCGAAGCCCCGGGAAGCACUGUAGCCACGCUUUUCAACAUUGUCAUGGAUCUCAAGGCGAAGAUGGCGACUGUGCAGAUAGGCCGUCCUAUACAUUCCGAGGGCGUGUUGUUACUAGACCCGACUACAUGAAGUCGGUCAGGCGGUCCAUGAACUCGAUGAUUCAUUCUGGCUUUCUCGGCUCGUAGUAGCAACCGGUAUUAUUUUUCGGACACAUGGAAACAAUGAAAUGAUUUCAUAGCGAACAUGAGCAGGUAUGCAAUUCUUGAAUGCAAAGGUUGAGGAUCUGGAUAUAUACUGCCGCCAAUGAAUAUCGCAUUUCUAUCCUCUGCAUGGCCUCUACCGCGCCACGCUCAACAAUCUUCCAGGGAGAAAACAAUAAAGAUCGCCGUAAUUUAGUGCUUAGCCGUGCCAGAAGCCUCCGCAUUCUUGAUGAACUCCCUAUAAAAUU